AUGUCUAAAACAAACUCCUCGUGUUUAUCAUGGCGUUUAGCAGGCUCAAGCAUCCUUCUCGCGGCUGUAAUUUGUUUUACAUUAAAUAUUCGAUAUUUAACUUGGUAUCAACGACAGCCAUCUCGUAAUCCGUUGAUUCUUUCUCUCUUCAUUGUAUCGCUAUUAGUCUUACUCGUCAGUGUACCUAGUGUUUCAAUACAACUGCUAAGUUGUCGUUAUUUUUGUGGUCAGACGAUAUGUCGCGUCGAAGGUUUCACGUCAUUUCUAUGCGGCUGUUUAUGCAUGUUAACAUAUAUGGCUUUAUCUAUAAACCGAUGUUUACUGUUCGAUCAAUUCGAUCAACAAGUGUUCUGCCGCUGUGCAGCAAUCCUUUGUUGGACAAUAAGUUUCAUUUGGACGUUGGUGCCCGUUUUUAAUUAUCUGUCUUCAUACGUUUACGAAGGCUUAGGAUUUCAUUGUAGUAUUAAUUGGUAUGAUCAAACACAACUGAACCGUUUUUAUAUACUUGUAUCAUUCAUUGGAAUCUACUUCAUUCCAUUGAUUAUUCUUAUUAGCGUUAAUCUGAUUCUUCAACAUCGCGUACGAAACAUAUAUUUUCAUCCAGCUUUACAUUAUCAAUGUACGUCAGUAGUCCUGCGAAACGAACAUCGUCAUUUACAGGGACAAACCCGCAUACAGAUCGAGUCGAUUCGUAAAGCAAAUGAUCGUAAACGCUUGAGAGUCCAAUACCGUUUUGCACAAAGUAUACUCUAUCUCGUUGGUGCAUAUCUCUUCGCGUGGACGCCAUAUUCUAUUCUUGCACUUUUACAGAUCUUUCAUGUGCAAUUCAUCUUUGAAAAUGGUUUCUAUGUAACGCUCAGCGCAUUGAUUGCGAAAUUUUCGGUUAUUCUAUCGCCAGUAAUAUAUCUGAGCAUUAUGCGAUCUCACCUUUUAAAAAGGAUUCUAUUUCCGAGGUGA